AUGGCUGCGUCCCCAGCGGGGUCCGUGGUGAGCGCUGGGCUGGAGGACAGCCCCUCGGGGCUGAGCCCGGCCCCCGGCAAGGCGCUGAGCCCCGUGCUGCUGUGCAAGGUGUGCGGGGACACGAGCAGCGGGAAGCACUACGGCAUCUACGCCUGCAACGGCUGCAGCGGCUUCUUCAAGCGGAGCGUGCGGAGGAAACUCAUCUACAGGUGCCAGGCGGGGACGGGGCUGUGCCCGGUGGACAAGGCGCACCGCAACCAGUGCCAGGCCUGCAGGCUGAAGAAGUGCCUGCAAGCCGGCAUGAACAAGGAUGCCGUGCAGAACGAGCGGCAGCCCCGCAGCACGGCCCAGGUCCGCCUGGACAGCAUCGAGCUGGACGCCGAGCUGCCGCCCGAGCACCUGGCCACUGCGCGUGAGGGCCCGCCGGCCCCCUGCCCGCCCCCCCGGGGCCCCACCACCGGCGCCCCGGGGCCCCGGCCACCCACGCCGCCCACCAACCACCGCUUCAUGGCCAGCCUAAUGACCGCCGAGACCUGCGCCAAGCUGGAGCCCGAGGACGCUGAUGAGACCGUCGAUGUGACGGGCAGUGAGCCUGAGCGGGCCGUCAGCGAGUACCAGCUAGCGCCCUACCCGGCGGGCAGCCCCGAAAAUGUCUACGAGACCUCGGCCCGUCUCCUCUUCAUGGCCGUCAAGUGGGCCAAGAACCUCCCGGUCUUCUCCAACCUGCCCUUCCGUGACCAGGUGAUCCUGCUGGAGGAAGCCUGGAGCGAGCUGUUCCUGCUCUGUGCCAUCCAGUGGUCCAUGCCCCUGGAGAGCUGCCCGCUGCUGGCCGUGCCCGAGCUGGCCCCCGGCGCCCCUGGCAAGCUGGCACCCACCACCGUGGACGUCCGCGUCCUGCAGGAGACCCUCACCCGCUUCAAGGCGCUGGCCGUCGACCCCACCGAGUUUGCCUGCAUGAAGGCCGUGGUGCUCUUCAAGCCAGAGACCCGCGGCCUGAAGGACCCCGAGCAGGUGGAGAACCUGCAGGACCAGUCCCAGGUGAUGCUGGGCCAGCACAACCGGACGCACUACCCCGGGCAGCCCGUCAGGUUCGGGAAGCUGCUGCUACUCCUGCCGGCCCUGCGCUUCAUCUCCUCGGAGCGCGUCGAGCUCCUCUUCUUCCGCCGCACCAUCGGCAACACCCCCAUGGAGAAGCUGCUCUGCGACAUGUUCAAGAACUGA